AUGCCACUUCCGCUCCUGCGCCCUGAAGCCCGCUUGGCCCCGCCCCCGCCUCCGGGCUCCGGCUCCGCUUGUUGAGCCCCUCGGGCCCCGCCGGGGCCGAGAGGGAGCGAGCGAGCCGGGUAGGAAGCGAGGGCGGGAGCGGCCGAGCCUGCGUCCCCAACAGACAUAACAUGAUUGGACUUGGCUGGUUGAUAACAUCCCUUCUGGCUCUAAAUCUUAUGACACCUUGAGAAAGACUUGCCAAGAUAGUAUUCAAGAGGGUGUCCUGACUAUUGCCGGCAGGAGAGCAGUAAAACUGUUUUCAGAAAAGUCAGAGAGGAAAAUCAUAAAUAUUUGCAGCUCUGGACACUGCAGCAUAAACCGAAAACAUGGAAGAGAAUAAGCAAUCAUUUGUCCCCCCUACUACUAUGUUUGCUGAUAAGAGUUUGAUCCUGUGGACUCUCUGCUCAGUGUUGGUGCCUGUGCUGAUCACCUUGUGGUGUAACUACCAGAGAUCCCGGAGGCAGCUUUACCAUAAGGACAUUUUCUGCAAGAGCAAACACAACUGGCAGGACACAGACCUUUUCAGCCAACCGACCUACUGCUGUGUGUGCUCCCAGCACAUCCUCCAGGGUGCCUUUUGUAACUGUUGUGGGCUGUGCAGUGGGGAAGAUUGCCUCAAGAAAGCAGAUCGCCAGUUCCAGUGCAAAGAGAUCAUGCUGAGAAGUAAUGAGAAUGACCAGAAUGGCAUGCCACACCAUUGGAUCCGUGGCAAUGUCCCUCUCUGCAGUUACUGUCUCAUUUGCAAGCUGCAAUGUGGAAACCAACCCAAGCUCUGCGAUUACAGGUGCAUUUGGUGUCAGCGCACAGUACAUGAUGAGUGUUUGGAAAGCCUAGAGGGUGAAAAGUGUGAUUUUGGAGAAUUCAAAAGUCUCAUCAUUCCCCCAGGUUAUCUGAAUGACAUCAGUGAGAUGCAUAAGAACAAAAAUAUUGAUUAUGGAAAGUUAGCCUUGCCCUUUGGAACUCACUGGAGCCCAAUAAUCAUCCUAGCCAAUACUCGUAGUGGAAAUAACAUGGGAGAAGGCCUACUGGGAGAAUUUAAGAUGCUACUAAACCCAGUUCAGGUUUUUGAUUUGACUAAAGUCCCCCCUGCCAAGGCCUUGCAGCUUUGCAUUCUUCUUCCUGAUAAUUGUGCUCGAGUCCUUGUGUGUGGUGGGGAUGGCACCAUAGGCUGGGUCCUGGAUGCAAUUGAUGAAAUGAAGAUCAAGGGGCAAGAACAGUAUAUUCCACAAGUUGCAAUCUUGCCUCUCGGGACAGGCAAUGAUCUGGCCAAUACAUUGGGCUGGGGUGCAGGAUAUGCUGGUGAAAUUCCAGUGGCACAGGUCUUAAGAAAUGUAAUGGAAGCAGAUGGAAUUGAACUAGAUCGGUGGAAGAUCCAGAUAAUGAAGAGAGGAUAUUAUCAUUUAAGAACGCCAAAGGUGUUCACAAUGAACAACUACUUUUCUGUUGGACCUGAUGCUCUCAUGGCUCUAAAUUUUCAUGUUCACCGUGAGAAGACGCCAUCCCUGUUUUCUAGCAGAAUUAUUAAUAAGGCUGUUUAUUUAUUCUAUGGAACCAAAGAUUGUUUGGUGCAAGAAUGUAAAGAUCUCAAUAAAAAAGUUGAGCUAGAGUUGGAUGGUGAGCGAGUAGACCUGCCUAAUUUGGAAGGAAUCAUAGUUCUCAAUAUUGGAUACUGGGGAGGUGGCUGCAGACUGUGGGAAGGAAUGGGAGAUGAGACUUAUCCUCUCGCCAGGCAUGAUGAUGGGUUAUUGGAAGUAGUUGGAGUGUAUGGAUCUUUCCACUGUGCUCAGAUUCAAGUGAAAUUGGCUAAUCCUGUCCGAAUAGGACAGGCACAUACAGUUCGGUUGAUUUUGAAGAGUUCAAAGAUGCCAAUGCAGGUAGAUGGAGAACCUUGGGCCCAAGGUCCCUGCACUGUUACCAUAACACAUAAGACACGUGCAAAGAUGUUGUAUUAUGCUGGAGAGCAAACCGAUGACGAUGCCUCCAGCACAUCAGAUCAGGAACACACCCGAGAGACUGAAGCUACCGAUGAGGACCUGUAAUUGUCUACACAAGGCCAGCCAGCAAGAUCUUAAUCCAUUCUUCAGUUUCUUUAGAAUGGGGUGGGUGUGUGUGUGUGUGUGUGUGUGUGUAUGUAUGUAUGUAUGUAUGUGUGUGUGAGAGAGAGAGAACAAAGAAAGCAGAAAAAAGCAAAAGAAAAGAAAAAAGACUGAAGAAAGCUAAGCUUUUAAUUACUUGCAAAAACUCAAUCCUUAAUUUCAGCAAAAUACUUCCAUUGUAUGCUCUUCAACUAAAAGUUAUAGGAAGUUAUACCGUUUGCAGAAAUGUAUUUUUAUUUUCAUUGUUGUAUGUUUUUCAGUGAGAGUCACUCUUUUAAGUCUAUACAGUUUUGUUCUAUUUUUUCUUGUAGCAUGUGUCUGGUGUGCACAUUUUAGGUGCAUCAAGGUGUGAUCUAAAAAACCAGAAUUCUUCUCCUUUAUCAUUUUUAAUUGAUAGCAUUGGAACAUUUAAAAACUUACCUAUUACUUUUAUGGAAAUGCACUGAUUUAAGCUAGGACUGCGUAAAAUUUUAAGGAACUUCUAAGCACUGAUUAAAAUGUCCAUCUACUUGGCUACACUCUAUGUUAGCUGAAGAUUCCUGUAUUCCCAGGCUGAAGGUUCAUCCACAAAUAGUAAUUCUAAGAAACUAAAAAAAGAUUGCCAUUUAAGAAGGAUGGCGCCUUUAAAUUUUAUUAUUGGAACCUUUUCAAACAGUAAGCCAAUGACCAUGUUUUAGUUGGUUAACCAACUCUGAUAACUUAAAAGCUUGGUUUGAGAAUUACUGAAACAUUGUCAUAGCCAAAACAAAAUAAAUUAGGAGAAAAUCAACAAUUUUAAUUGAAUACUUUGUGUGAGCACUGUUAAACCCAUUGAAAACACAUCAGAAUCUCUGCUUGUCACUUCACUUUCUUCUAGAUGGUAAUUUGAAGAGUCAUUGAAAUUUUAAGUUAGAUUUUAAAAUAUGCAAGUGAAGUUUGUUAAACAAGUACUGUCCAACAAGAACAGUUGACAUGCUACAUGCAAUAGCAAGUUUUAAGAAAAAAUACAGGAGUGUGGUAAGUAGGGAUUUUUAAUAUUCUUAGAUAUUUUAAAAUAAAUGUUCUUGAUUUUUUUUCCCCUUAAAAAUGAAUGUUUACAUCUUAUGAUUCGUUUGAAAUGAGAAAUAUGUAUACAUAUAUUUUUUUUACUUAUUUAUUUGCCUGGUAUGUGUCUAUUUGUGCAAUGCACAUCAGUUUGUUUAAUACUAUGGUAGCUGCUUCCAUUGAAUUGAAAUUUGUCCAAUUGAAAUGAAAUCCAGCCCAGUAACUGCUUAAGGAAACUCAUAGCUCUUGCUUGAAUGGGUAACCAAAGCUUAUCUAAAUAUUUUUGUUCUCCAGUUAUACCCUUCCAGAAAACUUAGAAAAAAAUUAAAAGCACUUGCAAAAAAAUUAAAAGCACUUGCAAAUGACUUUGGAGUAACUGGUAUAUCUGGAAACCAUGUUUUAUACUGUAUUGUGUCAUCCAGCCUUUGUAUUGCCAUAUUUUACUAUGGUCCCAGGGUUGUCCAAGAAGGAGCACACUUUGGUGAUUUCCAGCAGGUCAGCCUUUCCUUUUUCCAUCCAGCCUUUUGUGUCAUGACAAAGUCUUGACAAUUUUUAGAAGAGGGAUGCUUGUUUCUCUUUGACAUCAGCCUCAGAGUAUUAGGAAUGUACCUUGGACAACCCAAACACUUUAGCUUCUUUUAGUAAUUGAGCAUGAGUGUCUGUUUAAACCCUUUCUGGGACCUACUUAUAUUUCCAACUUGUACUGGCUUUGAGGGAGUGUGAACUACAUGUGCCCUUUUUAUUCAUCCUAACCUUAUCUGUAAAGAUCCCCCGUUCUAGCACUGGAAAAUUUGGUGAAGGAUUUUUAUCAUGGUGGUGGUAGAAUUUCACAGGUUUGGUUUUUUCUUUUGUUUUAUUUUCUGGUUUAUUAAUCAUGUUAUGAGUAUAAUGAAAUUUGGCUUAUGACCUGUUCCAUAAUUAAAAUUCUGUCCUGGGCCACUAGCACAUUUCAUGAUUGAAGCAUCCUUUUCCUGGAGUUUAUAGUGCAAAGGGUGGAGAGCAAAGGAACUAGUUAGUUGAAUGUUUUUCUCAUUUGGCAAUCUUACAUUUAUAAUUUUCUCUCAAACAAUCGUAAUUGAAACUCAGACCACUGCAUAAAAUAACUUAAGAACUGUUUAUUAAACAGUCAUCUGGUAGAUUUUGAAAUAGUCCUAUAUCUUAACUAGUUAAUCCAUUCAUUCUCUUUCCUUAUACAUACCAUUUUCCAGUGUCAUUUCCAGUGUCACUCAAAUGAAGAUUUUAAACAAAAUUUGUUAUUUAAAAAGUUAUUUCAGGAUGUCAUUGUGUAUUAAGGAGAGAAAAUGAUCUACAAAAAGUAUUCCUGUUUUAUUUCAACAAAAUAUGCCUAAGUCUCUGAACAUAUUAUCAAGCAGUAUAAUUGUAUAUAGAGGUGAAAAUACACAAGAAAAUCUGAUUAACAAAAUUCAAAAUGGCAUAGCCUGAUCUUAAGAGAGUGAUUGUAUAACAAGGGAUGUUUUCAUUUCACAAAACUAUUCAAGAUGCACUCUCUUUGUACAUUGAAAAAAAUGCUUUUAUAUACUCCUUAUCCUUCUAAAAAAAAAAAAAUCAACUUAUAAUUUCUCAGAAAGAGAACAUUUGUGCAAAAUGAGUAUAUAUCCAAAUUCCUCUCAUCUUUCACUGUCCUGAUACAUCUCUAAUUCCCAGUGAGUGUAAUUACUUGAAAACUUUUAAGGCGCUCACACUUCCCUUUGCCAUGACCUUUAAUUAAAUAGGACUAUAGUCAUUUAAAAUUGGUUUUUUUAAGUUGUUGGAUUGAUUUUUUUAAAAAAGAUUAUCUGAUAAUAAGAGUACCACCAGCUUUUAUUUUAUUAUCUAAGGUGUUUGUUUUCUGUAGAUAUUAGCAGUAAAUUUACUAACAUUUUUAGAAUUUUUAUAGUCAAAGUGGUUUAUUUUUUAUUGCUUUACAGUCUGUCAUAGAAAUGUAUAGUAGUUGUAUUUUGAAAUACCAUAGCUUACUUGGUAUUAUAAAAUACUGUGACUCACAAGCCAAGUCCUCUUUGCCAUGUAAACAUAGAAACUACUAGCAUGUCAAAAGUGAAAACAUAUUUCUUUUUUUUGGAAAUACUUUACAGUUGUAAUAUAAGUAAAUUUUUUAUUUUGAUAUGUAGUAUGAAAUUUUAAUAUUGCACUAAAUAGAAUGACUUAAACCUGUAUCAUUUCAACAGAUUACAAUAGAUCUGAAUGCAUAACUUUUGUUUGUCCCAAAUGAGCAGUGAAAGGGGUAAAGUUUCCAUACCCAACACUGUUAACAGAGAAGAGAGAAUCAGCACUUUAUUUAGACAUAAACCUUUCUGGCAAAUCUGAGGAGAUAAGAAUGUGGCGUAAUAGAGUUUAAGAAAACUAAGCAGAAACUUUAAGGAGGACGGAGAGGGGGGCAGUUUAACGCCCUUUUUCUUACUCCAGCUCAAGCUCUGUAAACCAUUCUGAGACACAAGUACCAAGAGUAUGAUUUGUUUUGCUUUGUAUUUUAAAGAAACUGACAAACUUGCUAUGGUACUUGCCCUUAGGGCUUAUGACCCCUAUAUCUUCUGUUCCCAUAACUGUUCAGAAAGACUGCAAAAUCUAAAAGCACAUCAAUUGUAUUUAAAAUCUAGUUGAAAAGCUGACUGAUUUUACUUUUUCUCAGACACUGAAAUCAUUCUUUCUAAGACAGGGUGGGAAAGACGAAUAUGCUUGAUAGGAAACCUAAAACAUUGUGUGAUUGGUAACUUGUGACUUAUAUACUGUUAUUUUCAGUCUUUUAUUUGACCUUGCAUUUUUUAUUUAUAUUAAGUUUUUCCUCUUUUUUGGUUUUGUUUGAGGUUCUCUGGAGCAGUGGUUAAGCUAGCCACUUUGUAAUGUUAAGAUAUUUGUUGAGUAGUAAAGCACUGACUUUAGCCUAUUCCCUUCUUCCUUUGUUCUAGUAAAGUGCAGGAGUAAUUGAUUAAUUUGUUUUCUGUUAUUUUUAGAUAUGUAAAUUAAUAUUUAUUUAUUUAAAACACCAGUGACAAUAAACCAGUUAACUGCUGCAUUCUGCUUUUGUUAUGUUGGGUCUGUACUGUUGCAUUGUAUGAGUAAGACAGCAAAAAUGUGAAUUAAAACAUUUUAAUACACAUCUUCAGAAGAAUAAACUACCUUUAAA